UAUCUUUCUACCAGUUGAACCAGUAUUGGCAUGCUGUUUGCGUCUUUCUUACUAUUACACCUCCGCGGUUCCGUAGAUUGGCGCCAUCUGCUACUCUCAAAAAGGGGCUUCUGUUAUGCUAUAACUAACAUAUCCAUAGAUCAUUAGACGUAUAGUGGUGAGACAUGGCAUCAUCCCAGUCGUCCUCGGGUUCCAGCGCGGCCGGCCAUGAUAGCGGACUCGACCAGGACCAGGCAGGUCCGAAGCCGCAGCUGGAGACUUUGGUGUCUCAUCUCGUCGCGGCUAAAAGAUCGCUCUCUUCGAUCAAUCACGUAUGGCGGGCCAAUGAGAUAGUGACGACAGCACGCUCCGCCCUGGAGGAAAGCGUCGUGGUAUCAGCCCGCACAGGAUUCCUGCGCCGUGGGUUGAACAACCAGCUCCGGCUCCUCUAUGGUGUGCGUGCGGAGGUCGAGGAGGUAUCUCAUCGAGGUCGUGCAGAGUUUGAGGCCGUACUAAAAGAGCUGGACGCUGCUGAUGCGCGUCUCAGGGAGACCUUGAACACACUACGGGACACUAUUGUCCAUGCCGCAUUCCGUCCAGAAGGAGAAGAACCGAAAAGCCUGCAUGACUUUGUGGACGAGCGUGGUGUAGAAGAACUGCAGGUAGCUCUCAAGGGAUCAAUAGAUCAUAUUAAUGCGGCCCAGGCCCAGCUGGAUGAAUCCAACUAUGCGUUCGACGAUGAAUUGCGGCAUAUCCAACAAGCCCUGGAGCGAUAUCGGGUUGCAACCAAGCUAGCAUCAUCACGCUCUCCUACCUCCUCGUCAUCUUCAGUCAAUUCAAAUGCCACCCUACCUUCUCCGGCUGCGAUGCCAGCCAUGCUGCGCUCUCUGGAGUCGCACGCGCAGGAGAUGGCAGACCUUUUGGAAUCUCUCGUGAGACAUUUCGACCUAUGCGUUACGGCCGUAAAGCAUACUGAAGGUGGUGGUGCUGCGGCCCGGUCGAUCACGGGAGACAUUCCGAAUGGUGUCAAUGUGGGUGUCCGCGUCGGUGACGAGAUAGAAGAUGGCGGUGAUGUGAAUUCCAAUUCUGCGCUAGAGCCGCUUUCGAACUCUGAGUACGAAGAGAUGCUCAACGUUCUUACCAAAGAUGCUGCAGAGGCCGAGGAUGUAGUACUGGAGAUCCAAGAGCAUAUUGGAGAUAUGGAAUCUAUUUUGGAGACCUUGCUUGCCCAGCGAGAUGCAAUUCUCACAGUGUCUAACGCAACAACCGGUAUCUUCGAGCAUCUCUCGUCACUUGCUUCUACUCGCCUACCAAACUACAUCGCUCAGGCCCAUCAUUUCGCUCGCGUUUGGGGCGAAGAACAUGAACGGAUCAGGGCUGGAAUGAAUGAUAUUUCCGACCUUCGCUCCCUAUAUCUGGGAUUCUUGGAUGCCUACGACGGGCUCAUCCUAGAGGUUUCGCGACGGAAGCACGUACGACAAGGCGUGGAAAAGAUACUGCGCGAAGCCAGGGCAAAACUCGACCAACUCUACGAAGAGGAUGUCAAUGCUCGCGAGGCUUUCAGAGUCGAACAGGGUGACUAUCUCCCAUCCGACAUCUGGCCAGGUGUCGGGAGAGAGCCUAUGAGAGUAGAGUUCGUUAGAAUCUCAGGAGGUAGGCUAGACGACCAGGCCGCACACCCUGGUGAGGAGGGUCCAGAAACAGCGGAGCCCGACGACGGCGACUACAUCCCCAGCCUUCCCAAACAAGUUGUCGAGGAAGCAAUCACACGACUCAAGGCACGAGCUAAGGCUACCACGCUAUGAUUUCCUCACUUUAUGACUUGCUCUUUUCAAGGCCAGCAUGGCGUUCACAGGUACUAGUCUGUUUAACAUAUACUUCGGGAAUACCAACCAUAUCUAUUUUACCAUCUUACCUCGCCUCUGCAUCCAGGACCACUACUUGUUUUUUCCUCUUGACAG